CUGGAGCCUUCGCUUAGAUCGAAGCAGGCCCUUGCUUGUUAAGGGCCCAUCCACUAACAACAUGUUAAAUAGCCCAAUCAUCCCCAUUGACAGGGUUCUCUUCAGCAAGUUCAUCUUCUGUUCUGACUCUAGUCAUUCAUUCCUUUCUUUAACUUCAAUGACUGAAGUUCUUCCAUUCUUUACCCCCUUGUCUUUCUUCCGCUGUGUGUGAAGCCAUACAAUAUGUCUCUUUCCAAACUUGUCAGCGUCCUGCUGGCCUCUGUUUCUCUAGUGACAGGCCAUGGCUAUGUCUCCAGCAUCGAGGUAGAUGGUACCACGUACGGUGGUUACCUCGUCGACACCUACUACUACGAGUCCGACCCCCCGGAACUGAUUGCCUGGUCUACCAAUGCCACGGAUGAUGGGUACGUCUCGCCCACGAACUACGACAGCUCCAACAUCAUCUGUCACCGUGGUUCCUCUCCAGCUGCCCUCUCUGCCCCAAUUGCGCCCGGUGGAGCCGUCAAAAUGACCUGGAACACCUGGCCCGAUGACCAUCACGGCCCGGUGAUCACCUACCUGGCCAACUGCAACGGUUCUUGCUCGGACGUCGAUAAGACAGCCCUGCAGUUCUUCAAGAUCGACGCUGGUGGCUUGAUCGACGACACCGAGAUCCCUGGUACAUGGGCCACGGACCAACUCAUCAAUGCCAACUACAGCCGCACCAUCACCAUUCCCACUGAUAUCGAGGCUGGGAACUACGUCCUCCGUCACGAAAUCAUUGCUCUUCACGGCGCCGAGGACUUGGAUGGUGCCCAGAACUACCCCCAGUGCAUCAACCUCAAUGUGACUGGCAGUGGUACCGCGACUCCCAGCGGAACCCUGGGCACGGCACUAUACAAGGACACCGACCCGGGCAUCUACGUCGACAUCUGGCAAUCCAUCACCAGCUACAUAAUUCCCGGUCCGACUCUCUACACUGCUGGCAGUACUGCCACUCCCACUGCCACCGCUGCUGCUGAAACCACCCCUGCGGCCAUCACCAGCGCCGCGACCACAGAUCCUGCUGUCAUGACCUCCCCUGCCGUGUCCUCUACCAAUCCCCAAACAACAAUGAUCACUUCAUCCCGCCCUCAGCCUACCAGCUCCGCCAAUACCGAUACCACCGACACCACUGCCACCCAGCCCAGCAGUGGCCUGACCAUCGGCAGCCAAACUCAGCCGGGCUCUAGCGAUAACACCAGCUCGACCCCCAGCACUACCUCGAUCUCCGUAGUUUCAGCAAUAACCUCCGGUGUCUUGACCGGCUCCUGCACCCAAGAAAACUACUGGUACUGCAACAACGGCACGGCGUUCCAGCGCUGUGUCAACGGCGCAUGGGAUGCGUCGCAGAGCAUGGCCGCCGGCACCAAAUGCACAGCUGGUAUUUCAGAGACGCUGACCAUCUCUACUGCCUCGAAGCGUCGGAAUAUUGUCCGGGUGCGUCGUCGCCGUGUGUAGAAAUCUUUCUCCAAAGGAACUGGGGAUGAAACAUGUGACUUGUGUUGUUUCCUUGUCUUCAUUCUCACCUGUGUGAGUCCGUGUAAUUAUAUAGUCAUUGGCAUUGACGAUGAAGAUGAAAGUGAAUUGUGCUGAGGGGAGAAACUAUCAUUACUAAUCGUUGGUGUGGAUUGGAUUAUUGUCCACUGGAAAUCAGAGUGAAGAUCAAAUAUUCCCCGUCACUGCAUCCACAUCAUACCGAUAACACAGCACUCCACCCUCCGUAUCCAUCACGUCCUCCACCCGGGGCGAUUCCA